AUGGCAGUAAUCAAGAAACGAGCGACGCUGUGGCUGAACGCACCUAGGUGGUCAUCAGUGCCAGAAUUCGUGAGGACCGAAAAUGUGAAGUCAGGGUUCAGCCCUACAAUGAGGCCCGUGCGGCACCGCCCCACAUUGCAGGCAGCGAUGCCUCCGACACAACUCUCCGCCAUCUACCCCUCCCCCAAGCGUAAACGCGACCCGCCGCCGUUCGUCCCGCUGCUAAACACAACUCCUCGGCCAACAUCUACACCGCCAAGCAGCAGUCCCAUGCCGUCUGGAGCCGAUAGCCCUAGGACUGCAGUCGCAGACCAGCUGAGAGACAUGACCAUUCACCAUGCGAUUCCUAUGGCCCCGCUUACACCCACCGACGAUAUUGUACGCAAGAAGCUAAAGCUGGAAGUUGCGCGGGAGGACAGCAGGACAUCAUUAGAGGACUUUAGGGGCUUAGAUGUAGGGGUAGACGAGAAAGAGAGGGGGCUGUAUAUUACGGAUACGUGGGUGACUGGGAAGGACUACACCUCAGAGUCAUCCGAAAAGCAAAGUCAGGAACCCCGCAUAUGGUCAGACUUAAUGGGUUUUGCGAAACCAACAACAUUCGCGUCGUCCUCCGCCACAACACUAAAACCGCAAUCCUCGAUAUCAAAUCAAUUUUCAAAAAGCAAAAAUCGCUCUUCACAAGGCCGCCCACGGAAAAAGUCACCCUCGCCGCAGUCGGCAUCGCUCACGUGGCAAGAUAGUGAGAUUACCGGCCAUCUUGUGGAUCCAUCUACGGAUCCAGAUGAUGAUGGAACUGGCUUGAAUGGUAUUGGAUUCAAGCCUACGCCUGCGUUGGCAUACGCACGUGCCCAGAGGAGAAGGCAGCAAGUGAUGGAUUGGCGGGCAAGGGAGGCCAGGGAAGCGAGGGCCAAGAGAAGUGAAAGGAGACAGAGAGGCAUUGGCUUAGGGAGCAGCUCAAGAGAGAGCACCGUGGAGAGAGAAGCAAAUAUUAAAGACGUAGAGCUGACAAGGAGAGUCGUGAGAUUCGCAGCCUGAUACAUAAGAAGAGUUGGAUACACGGGUUGUUGAUGGAGGCUUCCAAUCGAUGACAUGUGUCUCUUCGGUAUGAUCUUACGAUGCCAUGGUAUGAGUAAUGAGCUAGGAUAAUCUUGGGAAGCUGAAUCGGUAUCGCGCUCUCGGAUGGUAGGAUGCCAUGGUCUAAGUUUUUCAAGAACACGAUUUGGUACGAUACGAUACGAUACGUUGAUGGGGACUGGGUGGAGGUGGUUCGGUGGCUCCGAAUUCGCAUAUAUUAC